CCACUCAGCCUUCAACACGGAUAGAGCGAGUGGCGGAGCAAACCAGCUUUUCUUCAUCCGAAGCCCCAAAUGCACGCUCGCUCUCGAAUGGAGACUCUGCUCAGAACCCCAUCUCUAUCCCGCUUGAAGCUGCCGCCGAAGCCCCUCCUCACCCUACCUCCGUCUGCGCCCGCCCCCGCUUCUUCCUUCUCCCUCCGACCCCACGGCCUCCGCGUCCGCUUCUCCGCCUCCCCCGACCAGCUGCCAGCUCCUCCGUUGCAGCCUCGAGGGCAGCGAGGCGACGAGGACUACGGCGAGGUCAACCGGAUCGCCGGCAGCCGCACCGUCCGGUCCCCUGUCUUCGGCGACGACGGCUCCGUUUCGGCGGCCACCGCCACCGAGUACCUGAUCGAGUGGAAGGACGGCCACGACCCGUCCUGGGUUCCGGCCUCCGCUGUCGCCGCCGACGUUGUGGCGGAAUACGAGACCCCCUGGUGGACCGCCGCCAAGAAGGCCGACGCCGCCGCCCUCUCCGCCCUUCUCUCCGACCCGUCCGGCGCCCGGGACCCCGACGCGGAGGACCCCGACGGCCGCACGGCGCUGCACUUCGCGGCGGGCCUGGGCUCGGAGGAGUGCGUCCGCCUGCUCGCGGAGGCCGGGGCGGACGUUGACCGCCCGGAGCGGGCCGGCGGGGGACUGACCCCGCUACACGUCGCGGCCGGGUACGGGCAACCGGCGGCAGCGCGGGCGCUGCUGGCGGCCGGGGCGGACCCGGGAGCGUUGGACGGGAGGGGGCGGACCCCGCUGGAGCUGGCGCGGGAGGUGUUGGCCGCGACGCCGCCCACGGUGAUCGGGCGGCGGGUGGGACUUGAGGCGACGGCGGCGGAGUUGGAGGCGGCUGUGUACGAGUGGGCGGAGGUGGGGAGGAUCCUGGAGGGAAGGGGUAAAGGGAAGAGGAGGGAAUACCUGGUGGAGUGGAGGGACGGUGGGGAAAGGGAGUGGGUGAGGUCGGCGUGGGUGGCGGAGGACCUGGUGGCGGACUUCGAAGCGGGGCUGGAGUACGGGGUGGCGGAGGCGGUGGUGGGGCAGCGGGAAGUGGCUGAGGGCGGAGUCCGGGAGUACCUGGUGAAGUGGGUGGACAUCGAGGAGGCUACAUGGGAGCCGGAGGAGAACGUCGACCCGGAGCUGGUGGAGGAAUUCGAGCGGAGGCAGGCGCUAGGCGGGGUAGUGACGUCCGUGCCGGCGUCGGCGCAGGGAGAGGGAAGCGGGGCGGCGGCGAAAGAGAGCACUGUUAUGGGGUGAGCCGGAUCCCAGAUCGACGUUUACCGACUUAACGUCCGUCGGCAUUCAAGUCCUGACGCAAUUCGGGACGUUGUUUCAUUAUUCAUCGGUGGAGGUAGCAAAGCAUGACGGACGAAGCUCUAAUGGAAACUGUUAUCUAAACUUGAGGUUUCGUAGCA